AAUGAAUAGCUACGGUUUUGUCGUCUAUUACUGGACACAACUUUUAUAAACAUUUUUUUAGCACAGUCAAACACAACUUUACUCAAAAUAAAAUGUUUGGAACGGGGCGCAUUGAAUCCAUGGAUGUCGAUCCACCGAAAAGGGAGCCAGUUCGACUGACGGACUUGCCCGUCGAGAUCUUGGAGAUGGUUAUGUCGCACUUGGAUCUGUACCAUCAUAAAUUAAUGCGUAUGGUGUCAGAAGACCUGAAACACAUCAACAAUUCGUAUAUAUUCCACCGGCACAAGUGCUACGAGUUUGCCCAUCGGGAGAGGCCGGCGGAAAGUGAAUGGAAGAGCGGUGUUAGGAUGAUGCUGCAGGUAAUGCGAUACUCCACCUGUUACUUUGCUACCGAUGAGGACUACGAAGGUGUUCUGGCCAUCAGCCUGCUGCACUUCCAUGAUUCGCUGCACAGCCACCAGACGGGCGAGCAGCUAAGCCAAUUCCUUGUUCAGUUCCUGUUCCGCCUGGAGAAGAGGGUUUUCCAGAGCCCUCUCCAGGCCAGACGCCUCCAAUAUACCCUGGCCCUGUUCAGCCUUCUGCGACAAUUCAGAAAUCGGAUCUUGGCCUUUACUAAGACCGAAUCGCCCUGGAUACUGGAGGUAGAGCUAAACAACACCUUUAUCGGAAUUGUAAACAGGAACGAGCUGUCCGGGGAGGCCCACAAACGUAUCUACUUUAUGGCCAUUAUUGCCGAGCUGCUGCUCCACGAGAAGAGAAACCAGAACUUUAGCGCACAGAAGGAGGCUGACGGAACCCUGUACACCUAUGGCAUUCUACCAAAUACCAGUGGCAAACGCAAUCCGCGGCUGCAGCUUAAGUUCGUGGUACGGGGUACGCAGAGUGUAAUCGAUUAUCUGCAGGAUGUCGUCACCGGAAAGGACGAUCCUAGCAAGCCUUUCAGCAUGCCGCCAGAAGCCGCCUUCACCGCUCACCUCACGGCCAGGUGCUGGCGAGGACCACAGUUUGUGUAUAGUGGCGACAUGAGCAUCAAUAUUUUGAAGUUGUCUGAGCUAGAAGACUGGGGUGAUUCGGAAGAGGCUGUACAGUAGUGUAUUGCAAUAAAAGCGAAUGUAGUGCCUAUAAA